CGGCAGGCGCCGCCGCCCGACAUGAAGGGUUACCUGUGGUCGCGCUACAAGGAGGCCAAGAGAGUCACCAAGGAGUUGGUUCCUUCAAUUAUGAGUAACAUGCUGAAUCCAGAUGCUAUUUUUUCAAACAAUGAAUUGAGCCUGUCAGACAUUGAAAUUUAUGGUUUUGAUUAUGACUACACAUUGGUCUUUUAUUCUAAACAUCUGCACACGCUGAUCUUCAAUGCUGCUCGAGAUCUUCUUAUUAAUGAGCAUCGGUAUCCUGCAGAAAUAAGAAAAUAUGAUUAUGAUCCCAAUUUUGCAAUCCGAGGACUUCAUUAUGAUGUGCACCGGGCAUUAUUAAUGAAGAUUGAUGCUUUUCAUUACAUUCAGCUGGGAACAGUUUACAGAGGCCUCAGUGUUGUCCCAGAUGAAGAAGUCAUUGCAAUGUAUGAUGGUUCCCAUGUCCCUUUAGAACAAAUGAGUGACUUUUAUGGAAAGAGCUCACAUGGAAAUACAAUGAAGCAAUUCAUGGAUAUAUUUUCCUUGCCAGAAAUGACACUCCUUUCUUGUGUGAAUGAAUAUUUUCUGAAAAACAACAUAGACUAUGAGCCUGUUCAUCUGUACAAAGAUGUCAAGGAUUCAAUCAGGGAUGUCCACAUCAAAGGAAUAAUGUACAGAGCAAUUGAAGCAGAUAUUGAGAAAUACAUCUGCUAUGCCGAACAAACUCGUGCGGUGUUAGCAAAGCUGGCUGAUCAUGGCAAGAAGAUGUUUCUCAUCACAAACAGUCCCAGCAGCUUUGUGGACAAAGGCAUGAAGUUCAUAGUCGGCAAGGACUGGAGGGAUCUCUUUGAUGUGGUCAUUGUACAGGCUGAUAAGCCAAACUUUUUCAAUGAUAAGCGAAGACCUUUUCGGAAGGUGAAUGAAAGGGGAGUGUUGCUUUGGGACAAAAUUCACAAGCUGCAGAAGGGUCAGAUUUACAAACAGGGUAACUUGUAUGAAUUCCUGAAGCUUACUGGCUGGAGGGGCUCUAAGGUUCUCUACUUUGGUGAUCACAUUUACAGUGACUUGGCAGAUUUGACCCUGAAGCACGGCUGGCGCACUGGUGCAAUUAUUCCAGAGUUACGAUCAGAGAUUAAAAUCAUGAACACAGAGAAGUACAUUCAAACCAUGACCUGGCUGCAAACCUUGACAGGAUUACUGGAACACAUGCAGGUUCACCGUGAUCCUGAUUCACAAAUGAUUUUAGAAGAAUGGAAGAAGGAAAGAAAGGAAAUGAGGGAGAUGAACAGGAAUUUCUUCAAUGCACAGUUUGGAAGCUUAUUCAGAACUGAUGAGAAUCCAACUUAUUUCUUAAGACGUCUCUCUAGAUUUGCGGAUAUCUACAUGGCAUCAUUGAGUUGUCUGUUGAACUAUGAGCCUGAUUACACGUUUUAUCCAAGAAGGACUCCUUUGCAGCAUGAACUUCCUGGCUGGUCAGACCAGCUGUGUACUGGUACAUUCAGAAUACCUUUCCUACAAGAGACAGUUCAGAUCAAAUAA